CAACAACAACGGCGAGGGAGGGGAGGCAGUUUGACUUCCCUCCACACUCCACACUUGUCAACAACAUGGCAUCAUAGUAGAGACGUAUCAGAUCGAAUGUCCAGAUGCCCGCGACGUAUUUUGUUGAACGGCAGUUUCCUCGCGGCAGAUAUUGCCGGGUGAAAGGUACGCAGAAUACUCGGGGCACUCGACUACUACGCCGCAUUCAUUUCUAACCUGACGUACGAUGAGCAGUCAUUCAGCACUGUGCAGAGUCAGCGUGAUAUAACUCGCGCUAAAUAUUUCCUUCGCUAAAGAAUUACGUAAAUUUUUCGUCAAGCCUGAAUUCUCCCUACUAGAGAUGGCAGAUCCGGUGAAACAGCUCAGAAUUUACUUCAUCACAUACAAUGUGGCUACAAAGUUUCCCGAUCCUAAUCAGGAUCUUCACCAGCUUUUGGGCAUCACACCUUGCGGCGAGACAAACUUAUGGCCAGAUAUAUACUUUAUUGGAUUUCAAGAAGUUAAAUCACAGCCACAAAAUAUAGUGUUGGAUUACAUACUACUUGAGGAUCCUUGGACUAAAGCCUUUAGAGAUGUACUGAAAAAGUAUGAUUACAUAAAAAUACGUUCACAACGAUUGCAGGGUCUUGUUUUAAAUGCCUUUUGUCUAAGGAAGCAUUUAACACAAUUAAAAUUAAUAGAAGCUCAAUACACUAGGACAGGUUUUGGUGGCAUGUGGGGAAACAAGGGCGCAGUAAGCAUAAGAAUGAAUGCCUAUGGAGUUAGUGUAUGCGUUGUAAAUACACACUUGACUCCUCAUGAUCAUUUGCUGGCCGAUAGAAUCUCAGAUUACAAUACCAUAGUGACAGAUCAUACUUUCACUGCUCCAGAUACAUCAAAGAUAUUAUAUCAUGAUUAUAUAUUUUGGAUCGGUGAUUUGAACUUUCGACUUAAUGAAGAAGACUUAACCGGCGCUGAGAUAAACUUACUUGUGAAGAAGAAAAAACUCAAAGAGCUUCUCGAAAGAGAUCAGUUGAAAAUGGUAAUGAGAGAGUGCCAAGCUUUUGCGGAGUUGAAUGAAAGCAUUAUUACAUUCCCGCCUACUUAUAAAUACGAAUUCGAGUCUCAGGAAUUUGAUCUCAAACGCAGACCUUCUUGGACUGACAGGAUUUUGUAUAAAGUAAAUGCAAUAGAUAUGUACAACGAUGUAGAACUUAAGGCAGAACAGCAUACUUAUAAAAGUCAUCCCACUUACAGUGUCUCUGAUCAUAAACCUGUAACUGGGGAAUUUGAUAUCUCGGUCAGACCUAAUGUGAAUGAGUACAUUGUGGAAUUUCAAGAAUGUACAGUGGAGGAAAAUUGUAUAUCGUACAAACUGCAGAGAGAUUUUACACCGAGUAAUGGGGAUUGGAUAGGUCUCUUCCCUAACGAAUUCUCCAGUCUAGAUGACUACGUCAUUUAUGAAUAUGUUAGUCGCGGUAAACCAAUGUCAACUUAUAAUGAACCUCACGGAAGCACGGAACGAAUAUUCUUCAAUGAUACAGCGCUUCGUUCAUCGGAAACGUAUUGUCUGGUUUACGUAGCACAACGAGGAGAUUUUAUCGAGAUUUUGGGUGUUAGUUUGGGUUUUUCGGGUUGUCGCAAUUCAAUCGAGCCAUGCGUUUCAUCAUCCACGUAAAUAUUUUACAGUGAAGAAUCGAUCUCUCUCUUUCUCUCUCACACACACUCACACACACACCAAGAUUUAAGUACAUGAACACCAAUUCUUUCGUCGAGAAAUCAAAUAUCUGUACAAUUUUUUACCGCAGAUGGAAGAAAAUAUUUUCUUGGCUUGACUUUUUAUUACAUCUUAUUAACAAUCACAAUCUUUCCUAGAAAAUGUGAUAAUGUUUUAGAACUCGGUUCACUAUUCUAUAAGUAGGAAAUGAAGAGAUAUGGCCUUUAAUCAGAAGGUGCUUAUAACACGAUAUAUAGUAAAUUGAAAUACAUUUACAAAGCAUCGCGAAAAAUGCUAUGAUGCUUUACACAUAGGAUGUACAUUACUUUUGGUACCUGGUCUUCGCACUCAGCCUUGCCACUUAGAGUGCGUCGCGGCAUAAGAAUCGUACACUUUAGAGCUUGCAGUGAAUGCACUGCCACAUAUUUUUUUGCACGCGAAAUUUUUUUUCAAUUCAUAAAAGAAAAUGGAGAAGAUUAUGUUAUAUAUUAUUUUUUCUUAUUACCCCAGCGUUAAAUGAUUAACCAAUGUGUACGAGUGCGUUCAUAUGGCAUAUCAUGAUCAUUAUUUUCUUAGUAUAGUAAUUUCUAGUGGGAAAUUUGGAUUACGGCGGCUCAUUACUACUGCCCAUCGUGUAAACCCAUGCUAUUUUAUUUUUAUAGCGCCGCGUCGGCAUGAUUUUUAAAUAAGUAAAUAUAUAUUCUAUGUGUGGUUUUAAAAAGGGGACGCAAAUAAAGGAUAUUAAUAUUUUU